AUGUCUUUAAAUAGAAUAAAAGUUUCAAAUGAAUAUAUUUAUCUAACAAAAUCAUCCCCUACAAUAUUAUACCCCUCAAAACUCUUAACAUUUAAUCAUACAUAUUUAAUAGAUACGCUUCAUCAUUCUUCAUUUUCUCCAUUUUCUCCAUUUUCUAAAAUACCAAUAGAAAUACUUCCUUAUAUAUGUAAAAAUUUAACGCCAAAAGAUUUAGCCGCGUUAGCAUUGGUUUGUAAACAAUUUAGUGAAAUAAUAUAUUUAAAUAAUGAAAAAUCUUCUAUUUGGUCUAUAUGUCAAGCUAUUUGGAGAGAGAGUAGAUUAUACGUUUUACCUCAAUAUAAAAAACCUCCUUUACAUAUGAGUGAAAGAAAAUAUACUAUUAUGAUAAUUGUCUGA